AUGCCGCCCAGGACGAGAGCGGGGGUUCAAAGCCAGAAACAAAAGGAGAAGGUGUGUUAUGAACUCGGCACGCGGGAGCUCUGCGGUGGCAACUCUUCGGGCUCAUCCUGCUGGACUCUGGUCGCGGAGUUUUCAUCCAAGGACCUCCGCAGCGUCGGAAACUAUACUCUGGGCAGACUGAUUGGCAAGGGCUCUUUCGGCAAAGUCUAUCUUGCGUCGCACAAGCUCACCAAUGGCUCCAAGGUGGUUCUCAAAUCCUCCAGCAAAGAAGACACCAAUCUUGCGCGCGAAAUCCAUCAUCAUCGCCAAUUCCUCCAUCCUCAUAUUGCGCGACUCUACGAGGUUGUGGUGACCGAGAGCUUGGUUUGGCUGGCCCUUGAAUAUUGUCCUGGCGACGAACUUUACAACUAUCUCCUCCGCCAUGGCCCCCUGCCCGUCGAGAAAGUCAAGCGGAUUUUCACCCAGCUGGUUGGAGCCGUCGCCUAUGUGCAUAGUAAAUCUUGUGUGCACCGUGACCUGAAGCUGGAGAACAUACUCUUGGACAAACACGAAAACGUCAAACUAUGCGACUUCGGGUUUACGCGCGAGUAUGAAGGAAAAGCGAGCUACCUGCAGACCUUCUGCGGGACGAUCUGCUACAGCGCACCGGAGAUGCUGAAAGGGGAGAAAUACGCCGGUGAAAAAGUGGAUGUGUGGAGCUUGGGCAUCAUUCUCUACGCGCUCCUGGCGGGCGAGCUACCUUUCGACGAGGAUGACGACCAGGUCACCAAGACCCGCAUUCUGUCGGAGGAACCGACCUUCAACGACAAGUUCCCAGAAGAGGCCAAGGCAUUGAUCAAUCUCCUCCUAUCCAAGCGACCUCUGAUCCGACCCAGUCUGGAGGACAUCCUGGCGCACCCUUUCCUUGCGGAACAUGCCUCUGAGCAGCUCGCGAUCCUAAAAAUCCCUCGACCAUCCCCAUUUACCACACCUUUGGAGAAAACCACGCUGCAACGGAUGAAGAGCGCAGGUGUCAACAUUGACGAAGUUAUUGAGAACGUUUUGGCUCAGCGAUGCGACCCUCUAGCGGGGUGGUGGUCACUCCUGAUUGAAAAGGAACAGCGCAAGGAACAGAAGAGAGAGCGCAAACGUCGAGAACGGGAAACCGAGGCGAAAAACCUUCGACGGCUUAGUGCUGCUAGUAGCCGACUGGAGAAACGAUCAUCGGCUUUAAUGGAGGUGGAGGAGGAAGGCCAAGCGGGUUCAAGCAGCCAGAUGCAGGAGCGCGGGCGACGGGACCGACGAAGCUUGCCAUCCCAAUUAGCGGUCCCAGAACUUCCUGCACUCCCAGAGCCGUUGCCAGUGCAAUCGCCCGAGUCCAACACGCCACCAGCCCGGCCGGUCGAUAAAGAAUCUGUACGAUCCAAUACGUCGAUGCGACGACGGCCCGUUCCUCCACCCAAGGACAAGCGGCGGUCAAGACCGAGCAUGCUUCAUGUUAGUGCCUCGCAGCCAGAAUUGGCACAGCAUCAUGGUAUCUUCCGGCGUCGCACCAAUCGGCGCCACCAGUACCCAAUCAUCAGCCAACUGGCGUCACUCAAGCACUGGUUUGUGGAGUCAGCCAAACGGGCCAAAUCCCCAAACGCCAAAGCAGGCUCCCGCAAAUUCCUCUCGGAAAAGCUCAGCCCCGCAAAGGGGCAGGAGGCUGGGAAGAAAGCUGCUGCUGUGUCCCCGGCCGGCAACGCUUCAGGAGAGCUGGUGACGCCCACCCAGAUCAAACGAGUCUCCAAUGGAAGCAGCUUGGCUCCUAGCAGCGCUUCUUACCGUCAAAAUCGUCACUCGUAUCCUCGCCAGCCACGGCCCCUCAAUACCAGUCACGCUGGUAAUCGUAAUUCGCUUUCGCCAUCGCCGAUAACACCUCGGGGGUCGUACCGGCGUUCAUCAACCGGUUUGCGUGGUCGCAAGUCCACGUCGUCGUCCGUCUCCUCAAUCCGCAGUAUCCAUCAUACCCGCGCUCACUCCAAGGCAUCGUCGAUUUCCUCCAACAGUAUGGACACAGCAUCAACACCGACCGCCCGGAUCUCCAAAUCACCCCACUCGUCUAUCAAGGUUUUGCCUACUACCCCCGGUGCUUCCUCGCGCUUUCCAAGCAACAUUCGGCUGGUACGGGGACCCGGCGGGGCGCCCCGAGAUCCGGGUGAUAGUGCCGGCCAGAUGCCGUCCGCGUUUAGUGAAGCGGCGCCGGCACCAGUACUUUACUCACCCUCGUCAAGUUUGGUGUUUGCACGGCGUAAACGGUCCGCUUUCAAGGGUCCUAUGAUUCACACGGCCAACCUGAUGGUGUCUGGUGGGAUGGUCGGCUCGCCUGUUCCCGGUCAGCCAAAGGGGGCUGGCGAAGCUGAGCCUGCAGCAGCGCGUCCCGCCGCUCGCAAGAGUCAGAUCAUAGAAGAGGAAGAGGACAUGGAGGAGAUCGAGGAAGAAGACAUUGAAGAGGUAGAUGAUUUCGACGGCUUCGAGGAAGAUCCCGGUACACCUGGCGAUGCAGUCAUUCCUGAGGACCAGCUUGAGGAUGAUGUCGCGAAAGCCUCGGCCGAACAGACAGAUCCCGCCUCAAGCCGCAAGCCAGCACUCGCGCCUGCGCCGGAGCUCGAAUCGAGUCCAGUCCGGCCUCCACGCUCAUCUUCGCUGCGUUCACCACCACCAAAAGCUGCCGCAGCAGUCGCAGCGGUGACCGGGCCUAGUGAAUCGACAGCUCAAGACACUGCUGGCGCCAAAGCUGCCGAUGCUGCUGGUGAUGCGACUAAACCAGCGGAUUCCUCGAACUAA